UUUUUGUAUUUUUUUAAUCCUCUCAAGUUUAUGAGUCAAUCAAUUUAAUACGAGUAUAAAAGAGAUCCUUGCCUAAAAAAAAAAUUACAAGGUAUUUGUACGCGCUCAACGUAUACAAAAGGAUAAUUUUAAGAAAGGAAAAUGACAAAGGCAACACUGGCAAUCUUUUUUCUUGCAGUUUUAUUGGUGAUUAUCGAAAAUAAUGUUGCUAAUAAAAAAUAUCACAACCGCCAUCCGUCAAUAAGACCUUCAAAAUCUGUACCCAACGGCGGAAGACCUACUUCAUUAAAACCAGUUAAAUCAGAAACUAAUGGUGGAAGAACACCUUCAAUAAAACCAUCAAAAGCUGGAGGAAACGGAGAAAGACACAGUUCAAUAAAACCCUCAAAACCUGUGCCAAUACAGUCAUCAAGAAUAGACUCCAAUAGAGGCAAAAGCAAAAGUCACAGAGGCAAAAAAAGUAGCGGCCAUGGACAUUAAUUGAUAGAUAUGGUUCAAUGGAGUUUUUGAAGAUUUCCUUUUUUUGUUACAAAUCAGUUAUAUUUGAUGUUUUUUUGUUACAAAUCAGUUAUGUUUGAUUAGUAAAAACUUGUGUAAAAUUGCACUAUUUGAUUUUCAAUGUAAUAAACAACUUUUUAACUUAAUUUUA